UUUAUUUUUUUUAUUUUUCUCCAACUACAAAUACGAGGGUCGUUAGAAAGCAAAAACUGUGCAGUAAAUUACAUUCCGCGACUCUGUCUGAUCCUUCUUCUGCUUCUAAUCCAAAAGGAUUUGAGAAAUGGCUCGCAAGAAGAUCAGAGAGUUCGAUUCGAAGAGAUUGUUGAAGGAGCACUUCAAAAGGAUCUCUGGCAGAGAACUGCCCAUCCAAUCAGCUCAAGUCACUGAAUCAACUGAUUUCAAUGAGCUUGUUGAGAGGGAACCUUGGCUUUCGUCAUCAAAAUUGGUCGUGAAGCCCGACAUGUUGUUUGGAAAACGUGGGAAAAGUGGUCUAGUUGCCUUAAAUCUUGAUCUGGCUCAGGUUGCUGCAUUUGUCAAAGAGCGCCUUGGCAAAGAGGUAUCAAUUGGUGGAUGUAAGGGACCCAUCACAACAUUUAUUGUGGAACCCUUCAUUCCGCACAGUGAAGAAUACUAUCUUAAUAUUGUCUCAGAGAGGCUUGGGUGCAGCAUUAGCUUCUCGGAGUGUGGAGGAAUUGAAAUUGAAGAGAACUGGGAUAAGGUUAAAACCAUAUUUAUCCCCACAGGAGUGUCUCUCACUUCAGAAAUAUGCGCUGAGUUGGUGGCAACCCUUCCUUUGGAGAUCAAGGGAGAGAUUGAGGAGUUCAUCAGGGCAGUUUAUACCCUAUUCCAAG